ACAUAAUUUAUAGCCUACAUUAUUGUCGCUUUUUUUUGCAUUAUUAUAAGUUUAUUAUUAGUUACAAAUGGAUAUUAAGAUCCUUAUUAAAAAAAGAGCUUCCUUUAAAGCCAAGUUGACUCAAUUUAAAAACUAUUUAAGCGGAUUAGAGAAUUUAAAGAAAUUAAGCACGAUUCAACAUAAUGAGCUCACUGUUAGAUUAGAUAAAAUUCUAGAACUUUAUGUAGAAUUUGAUAACGUUCAGUCUGAAAUAGAAGUUAAUUGUGACAUUCCAGAGGAUCAGUUUGGUGAGCGUGAAUUGUACGAGGCUCAAUACUUCGGCUCUAUCGCGCUUGCUAAAGAAUUGCUGGUACGUGGUGACAACUCUGCGGGCACCGGGGACUGCUUCAACUCAGUCACAGGUUCUUGUAGGGCACACGAAUCAGUCUCUCAGUUAAAAUUACCUACAAUUCAUUUACCCACAUUUACGGGGCAAUAUCGUGACUGGCUGGAAUUUCAUGACACAUUUUGUUCACUCAUACAUAAUGACAAAUCUAUGCCUAAAAUUAACAAAUUUCAUUAUUUGAGAGCAGCAUUAAAAGAUAGUGCCGCUGUGAUUAUACGUUCUCUUGAGUUUUCAUCUGAUAAUUAUGAAGUAGCAUGGGAUUUACUUUGUGAUCGUUUUAGUAAUAAAAGACUGUUAGUUAAUAAUCAUAUUCUGGCGUUAUUUAAUAUCGAACCAUUGGUUAAGGAAUCUGCUAAGUCUUUACGUCAUCUUAUUGACAUGGUGAACAAAAACUUAAGAGCUUUAAAUUCAUUGGGUCUACAGACUGAACACUGGGACAUGCUCAUUAUACAUAUUAUUUCAAAUAAAUUAGAUUCAGUAACUAAUCGUGAGUGGGAGACACACUCACAAACAACACAAAAUACCACUCGUGAAUCCAAUGGGCGUUUUGUCGUUACUAUUCCAUUAAAGGAAAAUCCUAAUAAAUUAGGUGGUUCUUAUGAACAAGCUCUCACUAGAUUUUUGUCUUUAGAACGCAGAUUUCAUAGAGAUCCAUUGUUCAAAGAACAAUACUGUAACUUUAUGAAUGAAUACAUUGCUUUAGGUCACAUAAGUGAAAACAUUAGCCCUAAAAAUGACACACCUCAUUACAUAUUACCACACCAUGGGGUUCUUCGCGAGACUAGUUUGUCGACUAAAUUACGUGUUGUUUUCGAUGCCUCUGCGGUCACGACAACAGGUAUAUCAUUCAAUAAUAUUCAGAUGGUUGGUCCGACUGUGCAGGAUGACCUGAUUAGUAUUCUCAUUAGAAUGCGUCAACACAAGUUUGUCGCGACUGCGGACGUUAAAAAAAUGUAUAGAGCUAUAAAGGUUACCGAAAAUCAAUGUUCAUUGCAGCAGGUUUUAUGGAGAUGUGAGCCUCAUGAAGAACUCAAAGUAUACAAACUUAAAACUGUCACAUAUGGAACAGCGUCAGCCCCUUAUCUUGCGACUAGAUGUUUAAAACAGUUAGGAUUGGAAUGUUCUAGUAGGGUUGUUUCUGAAGUAAUUCAGCACGACUUUUACGUCGACGAUUUAAUCACUGGGGGGUCCACUGAGGCUGAAUUAGUAGAGAUUUGUAAGGGUGUUAUUAGUCAGUUAAAGAAGGGUCAAUUUUAUUUACGAAAGUGGUAUUCCAAUCAACCACAAAUUCUUGACAAGGUUAUUGAUGGAAACAGUAGUGAUGGUUUACUUAAUUUGAGUAACAAUGAAUAUUCAAAAACAUUAGGAUUACUAUGGUCUUGUAAAGAAGAUAAAUUAUUAUUUGCUGUGAACAUUAAGUUAAGUACACCAAUUACAAAACGAAUUAUAUUAUGCAUUGUGUCACAAAUUUUUGACCCAUUAGGUUUAGUUAAUCCAUGUUUACUUGCAGCAAAGUUAAUUUUACAAAAAUUAUGGUCAACUAAAAUUACAUGGGAUGAAGUAGUUCCUGCUGAUACUCAGAUUAUUUGGAAUAAAUUUAUUGAUUCACUUCUUUAUUUAAAUAAUAUAAAAAAUCCAAGACAUGUUAUUUGUACCAACCCUUUAAAAAUUGAGCUUCAUACAUUUAGUGAUGCAUCAAUACAUGCUUAUUCAGCUUGUGUCUAUAUUAAGUCAGUGUCUGUCAACAAUGAUGUUUCAGUACACUUGGUCACAGCAAAGAGUCGUGUGGCUCCUAUAAAGCCAACAACAGUACCACGGCUAGAACUAUGUGGCGCGUUACUUGCCGCUAGACUAGCAGAAAAGGUAGUUUCUUCUCUUAGAUUGCAUAUUAAUAGCUAUACAUAUUGGUGUGAUUCAACUAUUGUUUUAGGAUGGAUAAAAUCCCCAAAUAAUCAUUUACUUAAGCCAUUUGUUUUUAACAGAAUUCAGGAGAUUCUUGAUAGAACUCAGCCAUUAAUGUGGCGGUAUGUGCCUACCAUUAUGAACCCAGCUGAUGUAGGUUCACGAGGUGCAGAUGCUAAGCAAUUAAAUAAUUCUAGUUUAUGGUGGUCAGGUCCACCCUUUCUCAGGUUUGAAAGUUCUGAGUGGCCUGUUCAACCCAAUCAUAUUAAUGACAAGGACUUGCCCGAAUUUAAAGUACAAUGUCACAUAGUAAGUGAAAGAAAUGAUCACUUUACUUAUUAUUCAAAUUUUAUAAAGAGAUUUUCUAAUUUUAAUAAGUUACAGCGAGUUAUAGCUUAUGUUCAUCGUUUCAUUCAUAAUAUUUGUCGUCGUAAGUCUGCUAAGCGUACUGGUCAUUUAAAAUUACAAGAAUUAAAUUCGGCAUUAAUAUCUUUAUGUAGAUUUGCACAACGUGAAAUGUAUCAUAGAGAAUAUAACUUACUAAAAAAUGGUAAACAGUUACCCAUUAAGAAUUCAUUAAGUAGUUUAAGUCCAUUUUUUAAUAUAAAACAAGAUUUAUUACGUGUUGGAGGCAGAUUAUUAAAUUCAUUUUAUGAUUAUGACAUAAAACAUCCCAUAUUACUUCACUCAUCCCAUCACAUUACAAAUCUUAUCUUCAUUCAUUAUCAUAUAUUAUUAAAGCAUGCAGGCCCACAAUUAUUAUUAGCAACUAUAAGACAUAAAUUUUGGGUUGUUGGUGGUAGGAAUCUUGCGCGAAAGGUUGUACAUAAUUGUGUUAAAUGUUGUAGAUUUUCAGGAAAAACUAUACAACCAAUCAUGGGGAAUUUGCCACCACAACGAAUACAUUCUGAUUAUCCAUUUUUAAACACGGCUGUGGAUUAUGCAGGGCCAGUCAUGAUAUUGAAUCGUAAGGGCAGAGGUAGCCAAUUAAUUAAGUCAUACAUAUGCAUAUUUGUCUGUUUAGCCAUUAAAGCAGUCCACAUUGAACUUGUAACUGAUUUGAGUAGUGAAACCUUUCUGUCCGCUUUACAUAGGUUCAUAGCCCGCAGAGGAAAACCAGCCAGCAUCUACUCUGAUAAUGGUAGAUGUUUUGUAGGUGCAUCCAAAGAAUUAGCUAAAUUUUUAAGAGAAAAUUCACACACAAUCAGUGAUAGGGUAUCGGAUAUGGCAAUCGAGUUUAAAUUUUCACCGGCUUAUAGUCCUCAUUUCAACGGACUUGCUGAAGGUUCAGUAAAGGCAGUAAAAUUCCACUUAAAACGGGUUUUAUCAUUAGCUAAUUUAACAUAUGAGGAAAUGAACACGGUGCUCGUACAGAUUGAGGCUAUCUUAAAUUCCAGGCCCCUCGCCCCAAUGUCUUCAGAUCCUUCCGAUCUAAUCGCUAUCACUCCCUCUCACUUUCUAAUUGGACGAACUCCACUACUUCCUUCGUCUGAGGUCAAUAAUGAUGAUGACGCUGCAAGAAUACAUUCAUUAUCUCGCUACAUGAGAAUUCAAACUCUGAAGGGUCACUUCUGGAAACGAUAUAAAUCAGAAUACAUUGCAGAACUCCAAAAAAGGCAAAAAUGGCGCAGACAAGGAGAGCAGCUGCGUCUUGGAGAAAUGGUGCUGGUCAAAGAUGAUCAGGCGCCUCCUACUAGAUGGGUGCUGGGCCGAGUAACGCGCCUGUACCCUGGUACCGACGGCGUGUCACGGGUCGCCGACGUACUCACUACGUCAGGCACGAUACGUCGAGCCUAUAACAAACUGUGUCCGCUUCCUGUUAUAGCAGACCAGUCCACUACAAAUGCUGCUGCUGCUGCUGUGGAGGCGGCAGGAUGUUAGCGCCGAGCUGUGCACAUUAGUCACAGCUCACAGCGCGCUCCACGCGUCGCGCUGCGCAGUGCCCUGCGCGGUGCGGCUUACGUCAUGCGGGGCGGGGAACCGCGCCGGCGACGCUCGCGCCCCGCGGAUCUCCGCAGUCGCCCGAGAACAACCAAGACGGCAGGACGCUAUCACUUAGUCGAGACUCAAGAUCGCAGAGCGAGAAGACGCCGCGGCGUGCUCCGAUCGAAGACAAUUAUAAUAAUAAUAUAUUAUAUUUAAAACAAA